GAUUGGAAGCAGAGCUUCUUUAAAGGCUCCAGUCUGUCUUUAAAGUGUGAUAUGCUGGGAGGAACCACUGGCAGGGCUUCAGUAUGCUAGCAUGUAAGCCACAAACAAGCUAACUCAAUUCAGAGCUUUGGCCCCUGAAUCCUCUAGUCUGGCUGUUUUUCCUCUGCGGGCGCUGGGUUCAUGCGAGCGCCUGUUUUGACUGGCCUUUGGGGUAAUGUACAGCGCGUACCAGGACCGCGAGGAGUUGGAGGAUGAGCUCUAUCAAGAGGACUCUGGCCUGUCGGAGGCCGACAGUGAGCUGGAGUUCCACCUCUACAGCCAGCUCCACUACUCCUCAAACGCUGGAGAGAUCGAGGAGCUGGAGGCAGGAGCAGAGAAGCAGUAUGAGAGUCAGGAAAACCGGCAGGGAGAUCUGCUCGAAAAAACCAGAGAUGGAGACCAAGAACUGAAAUACAAAAAAGGGAGCAGACCUACACCAUCUAGCAAUGACCAUUUAAAGGUGAAGAAGAAGGCCGCAUUAAAGAAGAAAGGGAAAAUUAAAUCAAGAGGUCAGAAGUUAUCAUCAUCACGCUUUGAGGAGGUCAUUGUCAUCGACUCCAGCCCUGAUGUCAUCUCCAUCUCUGAUGAGGACAACGACAGUGAUGAUGAUGGUGUCUGUGCUUUCAAGGGUCAAGGUUCGCACCAGCUGCAGACUUCCACCCCUGCACAAAAGGCGUUGCAGAAAGGAAGGAGUCCCUUGGUUCCGGUCGCUGUGCUUUCCAGCAGCACAGAAUCCUCUGAAUCCCAGUCAGAAUCGGAUUCAUCAGAUUCCACUGAUGCAGAUGAUCUGGAGAACUGGAUGAUCCUGGGUCAAGGGAAGCAGGAUGGAGACCGGUCCAUCUCACUGAAUGUAGAGGGAGGAUCUUACAGCAGUGGCACAGAUGCUGAGGAAGAAGAAGAAGAAGAAGAAGGAGGAAGUUGGAUUGUUUCAGAGAAAGAUAAAGAGGCUCAGAUCUUUAACAAAGGCCGUGGUCCCAGGACUUUCCUGCAGCGUCCGUCCAGCAGAUACUACACUGGGAAGAGUGUCCACUGUAGAAACUGCAACAAGACAGGACAUCUCUCCAAGAACUGCCCUGACCCUAAAAAGUUGACGCCUUGCUUUCUUUGUGGGACAACGGAUCACCUGGCCAGUCAGUGUCCUAAUAAGCACUGCAAUAACUGUGGCCAGCCUGGACACCUCUUCAACUCCUGCAGCGAGAGAGCUUAUUGGCACAAACAGUGCCAUCGCUGCAGCAUGAGGGGACACUUCAUUGAUGCUUGUCCAGAGAUAUGGAGACAGUACCACAUCACAACUAAGAGAGGUCCUCCUGUGAAGCAACAGGAAGACGGCGGCGCUAAGUCUCCCGCAUAUUGCUACAACUGUUCCAAGAAAGGACACUUGGGUCAUGAAUGUAAACAACAGAGGAUGUUCAGUGGGGUUUUUCCCACCUACCCCUUCAUCAAUCACUACGACACGUUGAAGGACAUCAACCGCAGACAACACAGAAUAGAGAUGAAGGUUAAAGAUAUAGGAAGAAAUGGAGCUCCAUCUGCUGCGUCUCCCGCCCCUCCAACUCCUGGACCACCAAAAAAGAAACAAAAACUCAACCAUUACAAAGACAGCCCCAACUCUAAGCGUACGCCCCACCAAACCCCAAACAGAGCAAAUCCUAACCACAUCAUCUUCAACGAUGAUGACUUUGAUUCUACACCCAGAAGAAAGCCGGAUAAAUCACCCAAAAGUGGGAGCAGUGCAAAACCAUGGAAGCCUAAAAGGCCUCUUCCUGCUACAAGAGACCCAUUGCCAUUAAGUAAACUAGUUGUUGAUGAAGCAAGUGACUUUCCCAGAGGGGGAGGCCCUCAAGGAGACAAGGAGGGGAAAAUGAAAAAGAAGAGCAAGUUCAGAAAAAAACAGGGGAACUUAUUUAUGUCAGAGGAGCAAAAAGACUGGAAACCAGGGCACGUUUACAGGACUGGAGAGGAGAGGAGUAGGGGCUCGAAACCAAAGAAUCAGAUGGGAGAGAAGAAAAAACAGAGAAAAUUUCCCAACAAGACUCCUAAAAAACAAGCGGGCAAACCGAUGUAUGAAGAAGAUAAUCUGUUUCUCAUUAAGCAGCGGAAACGCAGCAGAUAGCAGGGGCUGCAUCUGUCAGGAUAAUUAGGAUUGUGGAAUUUUAAGGCAUCUGAAGUGAGAAUGAUGGUAUUUAUUGUGGUUUCUCAUAAGCAGCGUUUUAACACACCAGUGAGAAAGGCUGUAAGGAGCCGGAUUACUGAACAGCUGAGUCCACUUAACCUUUCCCUUUCAUCUUUCAAGCUCUCUGUGGUCAGACCAGAACAUCCCAUAUUCUCAGAGCUGAACAUUAUCAACAAACCAUGCAAUUAAAAUGUUACUGUUAAUUAGAAUAAUGAUGAUUCUGGUUGGCAUCAUCAUUACUCUUCUCUUACUUCCCUGAUCAUCAUAAGGAGGCCAAAAUGCUCCAUGUGCUUCGGCAUCGAGUAAAAGCUGCUCGGUAUACUACUGCCAUUUAAAGUGUGAAUGCAGGAAACCUGAAGUUUCAUCAAAUAUCCGAAAUUCGCCCCAAGCAGCAUAUUUACAGCGACAACUGAAAUUAUAUAUACAGUGUUGCUUUAUUCAUUUAGGAUACAUUCUUAACUCUUAUGCUAAGAUCAAAUUGUAUGACUAAUAUUCUGUUUUCAAUAAAUUCUUGAAGCGUUAAGUUUUCACACUGGUUUCAUUCAGAGCUGCCAAGUAGCAGAUAUCGUUUUAAUUAUUUCAAAUUGCGUCUGAAAUGGCUGCUUUAAAUGAUCAGCACAGUGUAAUGCUUCUUUAGGUGCUUUGUGGAACCAGUUCUUGUUGUAAUUGUCAAGAAAUAUCACUUUAUUACUAUAGCUAAGUUUAACAUUAAAGUAUUUCAAAUGUUCUUUUUUUAACUCUGUAAAAUUAAUGUAGAUCCUCUAAUCUGGACGAAUAUCUGUGUUUACCUUAUUUUUUUCUCUUUGGAGCUAAUUAAAAUACAGUUUGUUUUUCCUUUUUUAAAUCAUGUUUGGGAACCUGUUAUUUUAUCUCAAUUUAAACCAAGCAUUUAACUGGCAGUUUAAUGGUUUAUCCAAAUAGAUCGGACCCUACAGCUUCUGUGUGCUUACCGUGUGUCUCUGAUGCUGAGCUACGGUUAGUCCAAAAAAAUAAAAAUAAAUCACCAACAUCCCUAAUGUUGUUACAUGUGCCAUUCUGACGUAGAAAAUCUUUUUUUGUGUGUAUGUGUGCAGCUGUUAACAUCUGUCUGUAAAUGUUUGGAAACACACCCUGGGACAGGAUUUUUUUUUAAAACGCGUAAAUAUUAGCCACGUCGGACAUUAGAAGUACCUAUAAACCAUGACAAUAUCAUGCACUGAUCAGUCAUUUCAAAGUUUUUGAAAAAAAUGUUUCUAGUUAACUUAGAAUGGUGCUUAAUCUACAUUAGCUGCUGGCUUUGAUGGUAAACGCUGCUAGAUGACACUUGGCAUGCUGGGGAUGUUUGAGUCUAUCAUGGAUUUUUUAAAAUGAGAAUAAAAACUAUGGGAUCAAGUAA